AUGAAGUUCGGCAACCUUAUCCUCAUUGCUGCUGCGGCUGGCUCCGCAGUAGCUGCUCCCGCAAAGGAGCAGAAGAAGAGAUCUUCUGUCUUCCAAUGGGUUGGAAUCAACGAGUCUGGCGCCGAGUUCGGUGAAAAGACGAUCCCAGGCGAAUAUGGAACAGAGUACAUCUUUCCGGAUCCUUCCAGCAUCAGCACCCUCAUCGGCAAGGGUAUGAACAUCUUCCGCAUCCAGUUCCUCAUGGAGAGACUAGUGCCAAACUCCAUGACGGGCUCGUAUAAUGCCGAUUACCUGGCUAAUCUGACUUCGGUCGUGGACGCUGUUACCAAGGCAGGCUCCUAUGCCAUUCUAGAUCCCCACAACUAUGGCAGAUUCAAUGGCGAGAUCAUUACUAGCACCGACGACUUCCAAGCCUUCUGGAAGAAUCUAGCUGGAGAAUUCAAGUCCAAUGACUUGGUCAUCUUCGAUACCAACAAUGAGUAUCACGACAUGGAUCAAGACCUGGUCCUGAAUCUCAACCAGGCCGCCAUCAAUGGUAUCCGCGCCGCCGGAGCGACCGAGCAAUACAUCUUCGUUGAGGGCAACUCCUGGUCCGGCGCCUGGACCUGGCCCGAGAUCAACGACAACAUGAAGGACCUCACUGAUCCCAGGACAAGAUCAGGCCUGCGUGUCUACCACCAUCGGCAAGGAAAGAGUGAUGGCCGCCCCCAGUGGCUCAAGGAUAAUGGCAAGGUCGGCAUCCUGGGUGAAUUCGCCGGUGGCGUCAAUAAGCAGUGCCGCACUGCGAUCUCGGGCAUGCUUGAGUAUAUGGCUGAUAACACGGACGUGUGGAAGGGAGCCAUGUGGUGGGCUGCUGGACCCUGGUGGGGAGACUACAUGUUCAACAUGGAACCAGAGACGGGGGCAGCUUAUAAGGGCAUGCUUGAUCUUCUGGAGCCGUACCUGGGUUGA